CCUGCCUGUGGAGCUUCCAGUUCCCUUAGUGACGAAUGAUUGGUCCUUCGCCGCGGAUUAAACUGACGAUCUACUUAAUCCAACGUCCAGAACGCGGGGCGCGCACGGUGGAAACCAUGUGGAUUUACUUAUCGCUUUUGACGGUUGGGUUUGUGGCGGUGGUAAUCUAUCGGAAGUUCGCGAGAACACUGGAAGUGGCACAACAGUAUGCUGGCCCACCGGCCUUACCGAUCCUGGGGAAUGGACUGUGGUUUCUCAACAAACAGCCCGACGAAUUUCUUCCAAUCAUCCACAAACUCACCAGUACAUAUGGCGAUGUAGUCCGCUUUUGGCAGGGGCCCCAAUUCACACUGUAUGUGGGAAAUCCAAGCAUGAUCGAGACCAUUCUCACCAACAAACACUUGACCGAUAAAUCUGGCGAGUACGAUUACCUCUCCAAUUGGCUUGGAGACGGUUUGCUUCUGAGCAAACGCCACAAAUGGCACGCCCGACGGAAGGCCAUCACUCCGGCGUUCCAUUUCAAGAUCCUGGAACAGUUCGUCGAUGUGUUCGACCGCAACGCUGCUGAACUGGUUGACGUCCUGGAGAAGCAUGCCGAUGAUGGUAAAACUUUCGAUAUGUUCCCGUAUGUGCUGCUGUACGCUUUGGACGUCAUCUGUGAAAGUGCAAUGGGAACAUCAGUUAACGCCCUCCGAAAUGCCGAUUCCGAGUAUGUGCGAGCGGUCAAGGAAGCAGCUCACGUUUCCAUCAAACGGAUGUUCGAUAUCAUCCGAAGGACUUCACUAUUCUACCUGACUCCAAGUUAUCAAAAGCUUAGAAAGGCACUGAAAGUUCUGCAUGGUUACACAGACAAUGUGAUUGUUUCUCGAAGAAAUCAACUCAUGAGUAAAACUGACUCGGGGGGAGUAUCCGACGAGUUUGGCGCCAAAAAGAAGGAUGCUUUCCUCGACAUGCUGUUGCGAACUAGUAUCAAUGGGAAACCGUUGACCAACUUGGAGAUCAGAGAAGAAGUGGAUACUUUCAUGUUUGAAGGUCAUGACACAACCACCUCGGCAGUGGUUUUCACGCUGUUUAAUCUAGCGAAGCACCCGGAAAUACAGCAAAAAGUCUAUGAUGAAAUUGUGUCGGUGAUUGGAAAGGAUCCAAAAGAAAAGAUCGAAUUGUCACAUUUACAUGAUCUUUCCUACACGGAAAUGGCGAUCAAGGAAACGCUUCGGCUUUUCCCGUCGGUGCCACUGAUUGGUCGUCGAUGCGUAGAAGAGAUUACCAUCGAGGGGAAAACCAUUCCUGCUGGAGCGAAUAUCAUUGUCGGCAUCUACUUUAUGGGUCGAGAUACGAAAUAUUUCGAGAAUCCAUCGCAAUUUAUACCGGAACGGUUCGAAGGAGAAUUUUCGGUGGAGAAGUUCAACCCGUACAAGUACAUCCCAUUCAGUGCCGGUCCGCGAAACUGUAUUGGUCAAAAAUUCGCUCUCAACGAAAUGAAGAGUGUGAUAUCCAAGCUUUUGCGCCAUUACGAGUUCAUUCUACCGCCAGACAGCGUUGAAGAGCCACCGCUAGCAUCUGAGUUGAUUCUGAAACCGCACCAAGGAGUCCCCCUACAGAUCAGGCACCGAGCGCUCAACUGAUUAGACUUUCCCUUAAAAGGUCAUCCACCCGAAAACAAACUAUGCCAUUAAUAGGACCCUGUUUUGUUCAGAACAUGUCCAACAAUUAUAGUCAUGUAAACCGUCAACAACCAAGUGAUACAAUGUGAUAUAA